AUGACGGCCGAAGUUUCUAAGGUCAAGUUACGAAGUAUUGAUUACUUGACACCUGAACAACUGCAACGCAAACGCGAAGUGGAUCGCAGGAGUCAGCGUCAAGCGAGGGCACGAACCCGAGCCUAUAUCGCGGAAUUAGAGCAGAGGGUCCGAGACUUUGAGGCUCGUAUCCACACUCUUGAGCAAGAGUUUUCAACAUUUGUGUCCAGCUGCAAAUGCAAAAGAGAGCCCCAGGAGUGCGUUACACUGCCACGAAACGAGUCGACAUGGGAAGAUACCACACAUGCAUCUAUUCUUGCGAAUGUAGAACAAAGUCAAUCUAUGCUUAGAACAGAGCAAUGGAUCGACCAAGGUAGCGGCCUUGAUAUCUCGCAGCUGAUGAGCAUUGACAGCACAACUCAAGCUACGGCGCAAGGUCUCCCCUUGCCAGCAUGGUCGGCAGGAUCACCUUCUGUAGCGUCAAUUCCAGUUCAUUCUUUACCGGAUCCACCAGUCUGGCAAGCUUUGCCAAAGCACACUCCGCCAACCUCGCCUACAUGUGCACUCGAUAUUGUGAUGACCAAUUUAAUUCAAAAUCGGCGUGCAUAUGAAGCAAGCGGAGGAAACGAUCAGGAGUUUAGGAAACGAGCGUUUCCGAGCAUCCAGAGUCUCCUCAAUCCAACCUAUGACGCAGUCAAAGCACCAGUCACCAGCACAAUUGUCAACAACAUAAUACAUGUUAUGACGGUGCCUACUCUGCCGGAGCAAAUUGCCAUCCUGUACGUAAUGAGCUCUGUUGUACGGUGGCAGAUCUCUCCGACUGAGGCAAACUACGACAAAAUGCCAGAAUGGCUUCGACCUACUCCCUCCCAGCUGUUUACGCCACAUCCGCCAUGGAUCGACAUGUUCAUUUGGCCAAAGGCUCGUGAGCGGUUAUGUCGCCAGGAGAAGUAUCAUUCCAAGCAUGGAUUGAUGAGCAAACUUUGUAACGAAAGCUUGUCCAUCAAUUGGCCCCAUCAGCCGUCGGAUAUGAUACUUCAGGUCGGAGAUGACACGAUCCUGAACCCAAUUUUCGAGAGGCACAUCAAAAAGAUUGAAAACUGGACCGUCAGUGCUAGUGUGCUCGAAAAGUAA